AUGGGUGCUGUCGUGUCUUGCAUCCGGGACGUCUUCCGUUCCAUCGGCGCCUGCCUCAUGGGCAUCGUCAAUACCAUCGGCGCAGUCCUUAAAGCCAUCAUCAAUGGUGUCGUCUCCCUCUGCGAUGUCGUUAUUACAUGCCUCACUUGUGGCUACUGCGGAAACCGGGGAAGGAUGAGGAGACAUCGACGAUCAAGGGUCUAA